AUGAGCAAGGAUGAAUCAGUCGUAGAGAAAGCGUUGGAUUUGGGUUCAACCUACUUCAAAAGCGGUAAUUACUCCAAAGCAAAAGAUUUAUUUGUGAAGGCCAUCAAAGUCUCAUAUAGUUAUGAUAAAAGUGAACUUAAGAAAUUAAGACUCGAAGCCAACCUACCGCCUGUGGCAUUACAUGACCCAAAGAAGAUAUACCAUCCAAGGUUGCAUAAAUUGUAUGGAAAUCUAAGCGCCACAUACGAUAAAUUGCAAAAUUUAGAUAAAGCCAGUGACUGCUCACAAAGGAUGAUCAAUGUUGAUCCUUACAACCUUAAAGGUUAUAUAAUGAUGGGAAAGAUUCUACAAAAGCAAAAUAAAGAUAAGUUAGCCUAUAAAGCAUAUAAAAAUGGAUUAAAACAAGCGCACUAUGCAGUUGAAAAGUUUCAUUUGGAAAUUCCUAAACAUCUAUUCGACAUUGUUAACCGUCAAAAGGACUUGGUCAGGGCACGAUUGGUGUCAACUGGUCAAAUUAUUAAAGAAGAUCAGAACUCUGGUGAAUCGCCUAAAAAUGAAGAGGGUAUGCAGACCCCAGGCUAUAAAAGGGUAUUUAUUGAUCCAGUUGAAGAACAGUUGAAGAAAAGGAGGAAAGAAAAUGAGAAUAAAUUUGGAUCAAAUAUUAUAGUGAUCUCAGAUGAGCAAUCUGAUAAUGACAAUCUUGUUCCAAAAGAAUUGAAAUAUAUUGAUUUCGUGUCUGAACUACCGUUAGAGGUGUUGCCUUUGAUUUUUAGUCAUUUCAACACAAAGGAUAUUGUUAAAUUUUGUUUUGUAUCCACUAAUUGGAAUAAAAGAAUUAAGGCUUUAGUCGAUAUUUUCAAAUAUUUUGACCUUAACAAUAUCUCAUACCAACAAGCUGUGGCGUUUACUAAGUUCUAUGAACAGUUAUAUAAGCAAGUACUUGGAAAUAAAAGCAUAAGGUUGGUUGAUACAAUAAAAUUUUCUUCAAAGAUCAGAUCAGAUGAGUUGAGAAUUAUGAAAAUUUUGUUAAAAUAUAUAUUGAAGUCGACUCGACAAGUUAUACUAACGAUUCCAAAUACAGUGCUGCCUCAAAUCAAUGCAUUUAUAAACAAUUCACAUCACGUACAUGUUGAAGAACUAUCUUUAAUGGCAUCUUUUCAAAUAGAUAAGCCAUUUGAGCUGGAUCUCAUAGAAAAGUUUCCUAAUUUAAAAAAAUUGGAAUUCAUAAUUCCAAGCGCUAUAUCUCCCAUUGCUAAUUCGAACUAUGGUACAUAUCAAUUAAGCGAAGUGCACACCUAUCCUGCAUGUAUGGACACUUUAGAAUCUAUGAAAAUUAUCUGCGAUAAUGCCAAAGUUAAACAUCUACCUCUAUUUUCUAUUUUAAAAUUUUCUAAAAUACCUAAUUUACGAUAUCUAUGUGUAACAGGCGCUAAAUUCAAUGAUACGUCUGAUAGUCAGUUUGACUGGUUAGGUGAGUUUUCUAAUCUAGAGGAAAUAUGGAUGGAAAAUAAUGAGAAUGCUUCACUGUCAUCAUUUUUGAAGUCAUGUUGUAGGAUCAAAAUGUCAAGUAAUCUGAAGAAACUAACUUUUAGAGAAUAUAAAAUUAGCAGCAAAUUUGAAUUAAAUACGAUAAAUCCUAUUUUUGAGAACAAUUUCAGAAACUUAGAAAGUUUAGACAUCAUGGGUUCAUCAAUUUGUGGAAGGGCUGUAUUGGAUAUUGUAUCGGUUGUUAAGAAUAACUCAAUCUAUUCAUUAAAUAUUGGCGAAUGUCCAUAUAUUCAGUUUUCUGUACAUCUUGGGAGUCAAGAUGUUUCUUUAUUAUCAAUCCCAUACUUGUUGUCCAUGGUACCAAACUUGAAAGAGUUAUAUAUCCCCCAACUAGGUUCUUUAAACGACACCACGAUGCACAUAUUAACAAGUUAUACUUCAGAGUUACAGAAUUUGGUUAUAUGUGAUUUAUCAUUUAAUCCAUCUUUAACCGGUGCAGCAGUUUAUGAUUUUUUACAAAGUCUAAAAAAAGUUAGAAAGAGACCUCUAGAAAAUUUUGUAAUCAAUGGAUGCCCAGAAAUAUCCCAUAUUACAUCGCUGGCAUUAAAAUCUCAAAAUUUAGUUACUAACCUUGAAUGCAUAUACCAAAGGCCAGCAUGGAAACAAUUCGGAUUAAAUUCGUAUAGGUUUAAAACAUGA